UACAAUCAAUGCACAAAUGAUGCUGAAACGACCACUAAUUUACGGUUCUAACCAAAAUGCAUGUUUAAUUAGGUGAUAUUCAAGAGAUCUGAUCUCAAUUGUCGGUAGUUUAGUGAGGCUGGAGGUACAUAGGCGUAUCCGAUUCUUUUAUUAUAAGCAGUCAAACGAGCUGACCUACGCAUCCAGUGUCUUCUGAUAGAAUGUCAAGCUCAGACAGUAAGAGCAAAGACGACGACCUUCAUCACAAGAAGAGACGAAAAGAGGAUGAUAAAGAUUCCUGGCACGUGAAAUCAUUGGAUGAAAUCUUAGAAGAAAAACGCCUCAGGAAAGAACGAGAAGAAAGAAAACAGGACAAGGCUGACAAGAAGAAGGAAACUGUGAAAUUGAAGCAUUUGGAGGAAGGAGAGAUUCACGGACAGCAAGAGAUGAGUUCCAAUCCAUCACCUCAGAGAACUCGCCACAACUCGUCCGGAGAUGACAGAAUGGACGAGGAUGACAUGCUUCAGAUUCAACCUCCUCAGCUCGGAAAACGGAAAUCGAAGGACACACAUGGCAAAGAGGACCGUAAGAAACACUCCAAGACAAGAGAUAAAGAUGAUAAGAGACACAAGAGACGUAAACGUUCACACUCCAAAGAUUCAAAAGAGAAAAGAGGUCAUGAGCGAGGUCGCCAGGUCAAAGAUCACAGACGAGAUGAAACAAGGUCAUCAGGGGUCAGAGAUCGCAAUCCCAUACGGCACUCUGAAUCACGGUAUCAAGACAAUGCGAGGCAUUCUGAAUCGCGUCAUGUUGAAGUUAUCGGGGAUUCUGGGAGAUACGUAGACUCAUCACGACACAAUGAUGGCAGUCGCCAUGGUGAUGGUAAUCGAUACAGCGAUCUGGUGCGAUCGUCAGAUCAAGAGAGGCACGGCGAUUCUGAUCGUUACCGGUUUGAACGGGAACAAUCCAGACGAGACAGGGAACGAUUGGAACGUCUCGAGCGUGAGAGAGUUCGUGAUUUGACAAAACGAGGAGAGAGGGGUCGAGGAGACUUGGACAGGGGCCAGCGAGAAAGGGAGCGAGACCGCGGAAGGAAGCAAGAUGGUGACUACUGGAAACAUAAAGGAGAAUCUAAAUAUGAAAGUCGUGAUUAUGAGAGACAAGACAGACGAGAUGAAGAAGAGAUAGAUCUGACAACUAGAGAUCGAACUCCACUUAGAGAGCAAGACGCCCAACAUUCAUGGCAGUUGGAGAAAUCCGACACCGACGAAGAUCAUUAUGAGAGGAACCAGAAAGAAGACAAAUACCAUGAUGAGUCGGUUACCACGGCAACCAAGAUGGCGACUGACAACAGGAGUAGCAGUAGCAGCGAGGAGGAGGACUCGUCGUCGAGCGAGAGCGACGCGGAGUCAGGAUCUGGGAAGGAGUCUGGGGAAGAGAGCCGACCUGGAUCGGGCGUCAACUCCUCUAAGGAAGACUCAGGAUCUGAGGAGGAGUCAAGCUCUGAAGAAGGAGAGGAGAACAGCGACGAAGAAGAUGAAGAUGAGGAAGGAGAGAAGAACGAUGGAAAGGAGGAAGGAGAAACGGGACAGACGAGCGAAGAAGAAGAGGACUCAUCGGAAUCGGAAGAAUCGGAUUCGGAAUCAGAAUCUGGAACCGAGUCUGAGAACGGCAGUAAGAAAAGCAGUAGUGAGAGUGAGCGGAGUAACCAUGACAACGAUGCAAAGAGAGACACAAGAAACGUCAAGACAGAAGACGGGCAUCAUAAGAGAUCCCCACAGCAUCAACAUGUACAGAAGUCCAAGUUUGAUGUGACGUCAUCACCAAGCGGUGAUGAAGAGCACACGGCGGAACCGGACUAUCUCCCUGACUCCCCGCCACAGUCUCCCAUUGAGCUGAAAGAGAAGUUACCACCCUACUUCCCGGCUGUCUCUGGUUGCCGCAGUGUUGAAGAGUUUGUUUGUUUGAAUAAGAUUGAGGAAGGAGCGUACGGGGUUGUUUAUCGUGCAAAGGAAAAGAGAACAGAUCAAAUCGUCGCUUUGAAGAGAUUGAAGAUGGAGAAGGAAAAAGAAGGCUUUCCGAUCACAUCGCUGAGAGAAGUCAACACUUUGUUAAAAUCACAACAUCCAAACAUCGUAACAGUCAGGGAGAUUGUGGUAGGAAGUAACAUGGAUAAAAUCUACAUCGUCAUGGAUUACGUUGAACAUGAUCUAAAGAGCCUUAUGGAGACAAUGAAACAACCUUUCACAAUCGGAGAAACAAAAUGUCUGAUGCUGCAGCUACUCCGUGGUGUGCAUCAUCUCCAUGACAACUGGAUCCUUCAUCGUGAUCUUAAGACAUCCAACCUACUCCUCAGCCAUCGAGGAGUUCUUAAGAUUGGUGAUUUUGGUCUAGCUAGGGAGUAUGGGUCACCGUUGAAGCAUUAUACGCCUAUUGUUGUGACAUUAUGGUAUAGAGCUCCAGAGUUACUCCUUGGGACAAAGGAAUACUCAUGUCCAAUAGACAUGUGGUCAGUCGGUUGCAUCUUCGCUGAGUUCAUCAAAAUGAAGCCAUUAUUCCCUGGACGCUCUGAAGUAGAUCAACUCAACAGAAUCUUUAAGGAGUUGGGAACACCAAGUGAGAAGAUAUGGACUGGUUAUAAUGAGCUACCAGCCGUCAAGAAGAUGACGUUUGCCGAACAUCCGUACAACAAUCUACGAGAACGCAUUGGGACGAUCGUCACUGACCCCGGCUUUGACCUCAUGAACAGGUUUUUAACCUACAAUCCUGAGCGUCGUAUCUCAGCAGACGAUGCAUUACAUCAUUCCUACUUUAGAGAGAAACCUCUUCCAAUAGACGAGUCGAUGUUUCCAACAUGGCCGGCCAAGAGUGAAAUGGCUCGUACAACGAAACGUAGCCCUAAGGCUCCAGAGGGCGGGCUUCAAUACGCUAAACUGGAACAAGAUGGAACAACUGAAGAAGGAUUCCGGCUGACGUUGGCAUCUCAAGGAACUUCAGCAAAGACAAUGGGUUUCAAUCUACGCUUCUAAUAAUAUCCAUCUAUAACCGCAGUACAGCCUAACUCCCAUGAGUGAUAAACUAGGAUCCUUAUUCAUUCCAACAAAAUCCAACACCAUUCAGUAACUCAACACCUAAACUGUUGGACUCUGAUUAUGGUGGUAUGCCUGAUCCCAUGUAAAGCAUAAUCAGUUUACUAGUGCAGUCCUCAGUCCAACAACAUUCAGUAACUCAUCGCCUAAACUGUUGGACUCUGAUUAUGGUGGUGUGCCUGAUCCCAUGUAAAGCAUAAUCAGUUUACUAGUGCAGUCCUCA